AUGGACACCCAAGCACAGCAAACGAAGGGCGAUGCAAAUCAACACCUGAAACUCGCGAUAGCAAUGGCGAUUCUCAAAUACAAGCGACUUCAGAAGCCCAAUGAUGGUGAUCCUCAACUUCCUUGUAAUAAUGCAUCUGAAUCGGACGUCAUUAAGUGGAAACAGAAGGCCAAAGAACGGAAGGCUGAAAUUCUCAGACUUAAGGAAGAUCUCAGACUCGCUGAAGAUGGAAUUCAGUAUGAUGUAUUUCCACAAAGUGCAUCGUGCAAAUGCUAUUUCUUCGACACUUUUGGAGAAUUAAGCCCUAAGCUUUCCGAUGAUGGUUCUGAAUCCAAUCAAUGGAGAUUUAAGGAUGUGCUGCGUCGGAGAUUUCUUAGACAAGUGAGAUUAUGUGAGAGAAAGAGAAAACGACUUGGUGGCUUGACAGAGCAAACAUGUAUUUCAGAUUAUGCUAGUGAAAAUGAAUUGGAACAACUGAGGGCUUCUAUAGAUUUUCUGGUGGAACUUUGUGAGACUGUCUCUCCUCUCAGAGUCGAGGAGAGUAAUUUUAAGAACUGGUCACACGAGGCCGUUGAAUUCAUUCUUGACACAUUAAACACUCUGUCAUCAAUGGGAAUGGAAGAAGUAGCCAUUGAAAGAAAUAUCAGCAGCUUAAUCAUGCGUUUGGUGAGAAGAAUGUGUAAUACACCAGAAGAUGAAUCACACCACUCAACCAAUAAUGUCCAGUUCUAUGUUCAGCAUUUACUGCGUAAGCUUGGAAGCAAGGCUUAUGUUGGCCAACGUGUGAUCCUUUCUGUUUCUCAGAGAAUUUCUAUAACAGCAGAAAGUUUACUCUUCAUGGACCCAUUUGAUGAUGCCUUCCCCAAAAUGCAUAAUUGUAUGUACAUAAUGAUCCAGCUUAUUGAGUUUCUGGUUUCAGAAUACUUGCUAACUUGGUCAAAGAGUGAAGCCUUUGACUUAAAGCUUUUGGAAGAAUGGACGACAUCUCUUUGUCACGCUCGAAAAGCCUUGGAGCUCCUGGAGAGCAGGAAUGCACUGUAUAUCCUAUACAUGGAUCGCAUAAUCGGGGAUUUGAGUAGACAAUUGGGUCAGGUUUCCUUCAUCCAGAAACUAAAACCAGAUAUUCUUGCUAAAUUGUUUAGCUGA